CUAGGGAGCGGCUCCGCUGGUGGAGCUCCCGGUUCUCAGCGAGGCAUUGGGCUAGACACGUGCCUGUUCCUACCCAGACCGGGUCCCCUAACUGGUGGCUUGUGAGGAUGGUUGUACACGCAGCACCUUUGGAGGAUGUUAACUUUUUCACGGACCCUCAAAGGGAUCAGUCACCAGGAGGCUCAGAAGUGUCCUCCUGGCCCCGAGGGUCAAGCAAAGGGGAGCCCCGGGGCCUAGUCGGGUCUGUGGUUCUCUACCCUGGACACUGCGUCCCCUAAUGUCACGUGGGAUUCAGGGAGAGGGCGCAGCUCCAAGGGAGCUAUUGGGGCUGGAGAUCCUAAGUGGAUCCCCCCCUCAAUGGGUCGGAACCAGCGAGUCCCCCUCCUGAGCCUUUCCGGUGGUGACUGAGGAUUCUGAGUCAGGGUUUGGGUGACCACGCCCUGGGUCAGGAAGGGCAGGGCCGGGUGGCCUCUGCCAGUGAUGGCUGUUGACGGGCCAGCUACCUCCGCCUUGGCCUUGGUUUCUCAGCAGGCCCAUCCGUUAGGAUGAGCAAGCCGGAGUCUUGCUGUUGGUUGGCAGCAGGGGUCUCCUCCACCCAGCAGGACUGUAACUUCAGCCUUGGCCUGGGGUGGCCCUCCGCCCUGCUGUGGGCUCCCAACCAGACGGGGGUGCGGGGGGUGGGGAAGCCCCCCUUUAGCAAGGCCUGGGCCCGCCAGGCAUGGACGCAAACCUGAGUGAGGUAUCAUUCUCAGGAAUCCAGGUUUCAGGGGCUGAGGGGGAACCCCCGGGGGGUCUGAGUCAUCCUGUUGGAGCCUGGGGUCGCUGUGCCCAGGCAGAGCCUUUACUUCCUACUUGCUUCUGAAUGAAGCCCUGCCCCCAGGCACUUUCCCCGCCCCAGCACCAGGCUGCCCGGGGGUUCCUCUCCCGCUGGCCCCCUGCCUGGGGCCCUGGUUCCUCUUUGGUUCAGGCUCCGUGCUGGCCCAGGUGAGGUUUCAGGGCCUGUGAUCUCCCGUUCCAGGCCUGCCAGCCAGACGUCUCACUCUUUUCUCAGCCUCCUUGGUGAGCUGGCGCAGAGGACCUGCCCUGUGUGGGCGAUCAUGGAAGCAGACAGCCCCAGUGGCCACCCAGAGUGCUGGUCACUGGACCCGUGGCCCCACCCACCUGCUCUGUCCCGUCCAGGGCACCUAUUGUGGCGCCCCUGGGAACGGUCACCUGACCACAGGCACCUGCCCCUCCCAUCCGCUGCUCCAGGGGAAGCACCCCACCUCCCGGCAUGAAUCUUGACAUCCACUGCGAGCAGCUGAGCGACGCCCGGUGGACAGAGCUCCUGCCGCUGCUCCAGCAGUAUGAGGUGGUCAGGCUCGACGACUGCGGCCUCACGGAGGAGCACUGCAAGGACAUCGGUUCUGCCCUCCGGGCCAACCCCUCCCUGACCGAGCUCUGCCUCCGCACCAACGAGCUGGGCGAUGCCGGCGUGCACCUGGUGCUGCAGGGCCUGCAGAGCCCCACCUGCAAGAUCCAGAAGCUCAGCCUGCAGAACUGCUCCCUGACCGAGGCGGGCUGCGGGGUCCUGCCCAGCACGCUGCGCUCCCUGCCCACGCUGCGGGAGCUGCAUCUCAGCGACAACCCACUGGGGGACGCCGGCCUGCGGCUGCUCUGUGAGGGGCUCCUGGACCCCCAGUGCCACCUGGAGAAGCUGCAGUUGGAGUACUGCCGCCUGACGGCCGCCAGCUGCGAGCCCCUGGCCUCGGUGCUCAGGGCCACGCGGGCCUUGAAGGAGCUCACGGUGAGCAACAACGACAUCGGCGAGGCCGGCGCCCGGGUGCUGGGCCAGGGUCUGGCAGACUCUGCCUGCCAGCUGGAGACGCUCAGGCUGGAGAACUGCGGUCUCACGCCAGCCAACUGCAAAGACCUGUGCGGAAUUGUGGCCUCCCAGGCCUCGCUGAGGGAGCUCGACCUGGGCAGCAACGGGCUGGGCGACGCGGGCAUAGCCGAGCUGUGCCCCGGGCUCUUGAGCCCCGCCUCCCGCCUCAAGACCCUGUGGCUCUGGGAGUGUGACAUCACCGCCAGUGGCUGCAGAGACCUCUGCCGUGUCCUCCAGGCCAAGGAGACCCUGAAGGAGCUCAGUCUGGCGGGCAACAAGCUGGGCGAUGAGGGCGCCCGGCUGCUGUGCGAGAGCCUGCUGCAGCCCGGCUGCCAGCUGGAGUCCCUGUGGGUGAAGUCCUGCAGCCUCACGGCGGCCUGCUGCCAGCACGUCAGCUUGAUGCUGACCCAGAACAAGCAUCUCCUGGAACUUCAGUUGAGCAGCAACAAGCUGGGUGACUCUGGCAUCCAGGAGCUGUGCCAGGCCCUGAGCCAGCCGGGCACCACACUGCGGGUGCUCUGUCUUGGGGACUGUGAGGUGACCAACAGCGGCUGCAGCAGCCUCGCCUCGCUCCUGCUGGCCAACCGCAGCCUGCGAGAGCUGGACCUGAGCAACAACUGUGUGGGCGACCCGGGCGUCCUGCAGCUGCUGGGGAGCCUGGAGCAGCCGGGCUGCGCCCUGGAGCAGCUGGUCCUGUACGACACCUACUGGACGGAGGAGGUGGAGGACCGCCUGCAGGCCCUGGAGGGGAGCAAGCCCGGCCUGAGGGUCAUCUCCUGAGAGGCUCCUUUUCCCUGGACAGCCUUCCUCCCCCACGGGGACCCCAGCUGUACCCGAGAAAUGCUCACAUCACCUUACUCCCGUGAGAGAACUUUCGGCACUCUACUUAGUAAAACACCUUUUGGGCAAGAGAA